AUGGCUGGCGCGCUCGCGCUCGCGGCGCCGCCGUGGUGGGAGCCGCGGCGGUGGGCGAAGCGCGUCUGGCGCGCGGCGCAGCGCUUCUGGCGGCUCCGCGUCACGCGGCGCUACAAGGUCCGCGCGGGCGGCGUCGUCGUGCGCGGCGACGAGGUCCUGCUCAUCAGCUCGCGGAAGACGCCCGGCGCCUGGAUCCUGCCCGCGGGCACGGCGGAGCGCGGCGAAACGCUGCGCGAGACGGCGCUGCGCGAGGUCCGCGAGGAGGCGGGCGUCGCCUGCGUCGUGGCGCGCGACCUCGGCGCGUUCGCCGACGACGCCAAGCUCGUGCGGACGACGUUUUACGUCAUGCGCGUGGCGACGAGCUACGCCGAAUGGGAGGACCGCGACCGGGGGCGGCUGCGACGGUGGUGGCGCGCGCGGGACGCGUCGCCGCGCCUCAAGGCGCGCGACCGGGAGGCGCUCGCCGCGUACCUCGCGUGCCUCGAGGACGACGACGAUACUCGUAGAUUAGGGGAGACCUAA